CGACCUGAUCCGAGUUAUCUCCCGUCGUGGACAGCACAUUUACGGACUGCGUUCCGAUUCCCGAAAGUCAUCCUGAGUUCGUCAAGUGGACAUGCACCCAUGACCAUCCAUAUAGCAUCAAACUUGGAAGCCGAGGUUUCAAAAUAUCAUUCCCCAACACACACAGUACUAUGUCUCUUGACCAGGAGAAACGUCAGCCAUCUAAGGUAGAAAACACUGAUCAUCACCAUGAGCAGAUCAAACAACAAUUCGGUUUGGAUCUCAGGAACCGGUUUCACACUCUUUGGAUACGAUCAAGGUGUCAUGUCAUCACUCCUUACGGGUAAUCAGUUUGAGGCUUCCUUCCCUGAAGUCAUAGUGGAGACCAGUCACCCCGAUCACGCCACUCUUCAGAGCUUCACAAUCGCCAUUUACGAAGUAGGCUGUCUCUUUGGUGCCCUGUCCAAUCUUUGGGUGGGAGAUAAGCUCGGUCGUCGAAGGACGAUUGUUUUAGGAGGCAGCAUAAUGAUAGUCGGGGCAAUUCUACAAACUACUGCGUUUUCUUUUGCACACUUGAUCUUUGCCCGUAUCGUCACAGGCUACGGAAACGGCCUGAUAACAUCGACGGUGCCAGCAUAUCAUGCGGAACUCUCCCCUUCCGCAAAGAGGGGCCGAAUGAUAAUGAUGGAGGGGACUUUGAUCGUGGUUGGAGUGACUAUUGCCUAUUUGGUUGAUCUAGCACUAUUUUUUGUAAAUUGGUCAUCUGCUCAGUGGAGAGUUCCAAUAGCGCUGCAGUUGGCGUUUGAAAUAAUCAUGGUGACAUGCAUCGGAUUCCUUCCUGAGUCGCCGAGGUGGUUGGUAAAGCGUGGUCGCAAUGCAGAAGCGAUGGCCGUCAUAUCUGCAAUGGAAGAUAAACCUCUUUCCGAUCCAGAAGUUCAGCGCACUUACUACGGCAUUCGUGAGGCUGUUGCUGUCGAAGCAUCUAGUCAAAGUUCACUACGUGAACUCACUACCGGGGGUCCAAGCCAAAACUUUAGACGAACAGUCAUUGCUGUAGUAUUUAUGAUGAUGCAGCAGCUGACGGGCAUCAAUCUCGUUACCUUUUAUGCUACUAUUGUAUUCCAGCGUCUUGGUCUCUCCGAGGUCAACGCACGGAUUACCUCUGCAGCCAACGGCGCAGAAUAUGUUCUUGCUUCUAUUGCUGCUUAUUACAUUAUAGACUAUGUUGGCAGGCGCCAACUUAUGCUGAUUGGAGCCAUCGGUCAAUCCAUCGUGAUGUUGCUCUUGGCUAUCUUAGGAUAUAUCAAUAAUACACCAGCGCAGAUUGUGAGCGUAGUUCUGUUAUUCGGCUUCAACACGUUCUUUGCUUUUGGCUGGCUUGGUCUGGCUUGGUUAUACUGCGCUGAGAUUGCCGGGCUCAGAACUCGAGCGCCGACAAAUGCACUAAGCACGGCGUCGAACUGGACAUUCAACUUUGUUGUGGUGAUGGUCGUUGGCCCAGCUUUCAACACUAUCUCCUGGAGAACCUAUCUUAUCUUCGCGGCCCUGAACGCAAUCAUCGUUCCAGUUGUUUACUUUUUCUUCCCCGAAACUGGCGGCCGGUCUUUAGAAGAUCUCGACGUUGUGUUUGCGUUGGCAUAUAUGACUGGCGAAGAUCCUGUCAAGGUCUCACUUCGGAAAGAUGUCCCGCUUGCUGGAUCGCGAGAGGCGGACGAGAUUCUUGGAGUCAGUACAGGCGUUCAAUAUCACUCUUCAGGAAAGCACCCCACGCCAUCCUCUUCACCGGGAAAAGCUGGAACACGGGCGGCGUAGGUGUGACGAUCGUUGAAUUGAGGUCUAACAAUGAGCUGUUUAUGAAUCAAGCAUAUUGGGGCGUGAGCGAGCUUCAGUUGUGAAACUGUGUGGUCGCAAAUUGAAUAAGCUAGGCUAGGGGGAAAGCAAGUACUUGCCCUUUUUUAUGUAUAUUCUGCAAAUAUCGAUACAAGAGAUCUUUGUCAUGAUUGGACAAUGUGGUCUUGACUUCUAACAUGAUGCACACCGGGUUAAGCUUACGGGCACGUGACUAGUGAUUAGCG